AUCCGAAUUUCUCCAUCGUUCCUGGUCAGCAUCACCUUUCUUGUCAUCUCAGCAAUCAUUCGCACCUUGUGCUAUCGGGCACUCGGCCGUCUCUUCACAUUCCAAAUCACCAUACGACCCAAACACACGCUCGUGACGAGCGGCCCGUACGCUUGGGUUCGCCACCCAAGCUACACUGGGAGCAUCUUGGGAUUCACGGGAUCUGUCUUAUGCGCACUCAGCGAGGGGUCGUGGAUCAGAGAGUGCGGAUGGCUCGAGACCUGGCGGGGAAAAGUGUUCUGCUUAUUUUAUCUGAUGUGGAACAUCCACGUCACGCUUGUCAUGCUUUGGAGGACGAGUCAGGAGGAUAAGAUGUUAAAGGAAAAGUUCGGCGCGGAGUGGGUGGCUUGGAGUAGGAAAGUCAGAUAUAAGCUUGUACCUGGCAUU